UUCCUCCUCCCCCUCCCCUCCCCUCCCCUCCCCUCUCCUCUCGAUUUCCUUGAUUCCGCGAGUGGAUCAGCGCCUCGCCGUAGUACGCAGCGGCAGCAAGAAGCGAUGGAGAUGUUGCGGCGGAACCUGAAGCGGCAGGCCUCGCGCUCCUUCUCCGCGCUGGCCGCCGCCUCCUCCCCACGCGCCGCCGCGGACCAGGAGAACCUCCACCCCAACCUCGCCUCGCCGCCGGCGUCCCCCGCCAAGAACUCAUCGGCGCCCGACUGCUCACCGCGCCCGAAGCAGCACCCGACUGGUACCGGGGCCACUGCUCCGCUGAAAGCCACCGCCGAGGAGGAGAACGCCGCGGCCGCCGUCGCUGUGCCAGCUGACGAGGUGCCCCCCGUCAAGGUGGUGGUGAGGGUGCGGCCCACGGUGAGCCGGCCAACGGACGGCAAAGAUCUGUGGUUCGUGCGGAAGACCGCACCGGACUCCAUCGCCGUCGGCGACCGGGCCUUCUCGGUGGAUGGCGUCCUCGACGACAGGGCCUCUCAGGUGGAUGCGUUUGAUCUGGUUGGAUUGCCCAUGAUCGAGAGCGCCCUGGCUGGAUUCAACACCUCCCUCGUCUGCUGCGGCCAGAGUGGCACGGGGAAGACGUACACCAUGUGGGGGCCCCUCGCUGCGAUGGUUGACAGCGGCUCUGACAACGCUGACUGGGGUGUUGUGCCUCGCGUCUUCCAGAAUCUCUUCUCUCGAAUCCAAAGUAGGCAAGAGAGCUCUCCUGACAAGCAGAUCAGCUACCAAUGUCGGUGCUCGUUCCUUGAGGUACAUAAUGAGCAGAUCAAUGAUUUGUUGGAACCAUCUCAGCGAGACCUUCAGAUAAGAGAGAAUGCCGGCAGUAGUAUCCAUGUCGAAAACCUGACCGAUGAGUAUGUGUCAACAGCAGAGGAUGUUAAUCAGAUCUUGAUGAAGGGACUCUCGAAUAGAAAAGUUGGAACCACUAGCAUGAACUUGAAAAGUUCACGUUCACAUGUGGUAUUCACCUGCGUAAUUGAAGCAUGGAGCAAGGGUUUCUCAUCAAAUGGCUUUAGCAGUUCAAGAACUAGCAGGAUUACUUUUGUUGACCUUGCUGGUCCUGAAAAUGAUGAACUUAAUGGUACAUCAAAGCAUUGUACAAAAGAGGAAAGACAUCUUAAGAAGUCUCUUUCAAGGCUUGGGAAACUAGUCAACAUUCUUUCAGAAACACCAGAGUCUCAUAAAGUUGAUUUACUCUAUGAGCAAUCUCGUUUGACACAUGUGCUGAAGGAUACUCUAGGUGGUAACUCGAGGGUCACAUUUCUAUGUUCCAUUUCUUCAGAGCACAGAUGCAGAUCUGGAACUUUAAGUACACUAAGAUUCGGUGAGCGAGCAAAGCUCAUGCCAAACAAAGCCGUGAUAAAUGAGAUAUCAGAAGAUGAUGUUAAUGGUUUGAGUGAUCAGAUACGUCAGUUGAAGGAUGAACUCAUAAGAACAAAGUCUGGAGACACCAUAACUUGCAAGGCUGGAUACUUCGGUGCACAAAAUGCUCGUGAAAGCUUGAAUAAUUUGCGAGUGAGCCUCAAUCGCUCUCUGAUCUUGCCUCACAUAGAAGUUGAUUCAGAGGAAGAAAUGGAUGUGGAUGAAGAGGAUGUGCAAGAACUGCGUGAUCAAAUUAGCAAGCUUCACUCUUCAUCUGAAGAUACUUUUGAGGACUUCAUGGAUGCGGAGAGUGGAGAUGACACUCCUUGCUCCAACGGGAAUCCGAAAACAAGUGAAGAAGAUGAUCAGCCUACCAUAGAUGAUUUUGAAGGCCCGCUACAGGAAGAGCACAAAGAAGUGGCUAACAAUACAAAUGCUGAUGAAGUCCUUGUUUCUGACAGGAAAUCUGGCCUAUCAAUUAGUGCCUCCCCACUACUGUCACCAAUGCAAGAUCCUACAUUGUGCUUAUCUCCAAAGAUCCACAACAAGGCAAGAAAGAGCAUCACCUCACCAGCGUUAUCACCAAGCAAGCUUAGAGUAUCUGACAGCCCAAGUGACAGAAAUGUUGAAGCAUGUAGAAAUAGUGCAGUUCGUUCCUCUCUACAAUCAAGCAAGCUUAGCCCCACUGACUCGCUAGCUGCAAGUCUCCAAAGGGGCUUGCAUAUUAUAGAGUACCAUCAACAGAAUCCAGCACCACGAAAAUCAUUUGUUGGCCUUUCAUUUGAUCAUUUCGCACUGAAUCCCCGUCAGUCAAUAGCAAAAGUCAGUGCAGCUGUUCAGGCUCCUGAGGACCAAGGAACCGUCCUUUGCUCAUCCUGCAAGAAACCGAUGAAUAUAAAUGGGGACGAGACAGAAAAAAUAAACUCAGACAAGCAGAUUGUGUUGGCCCUAGGUGCCACGUCUAAUGAGUCAGCUAUUGCGUCAUUUAAGGACGACAACAACUUUAAAGCAAUUGCCUCGAAGAGAGAGACUGAGCUUGAAGCUUUAUGUGAAGAACAGGCAGCAAAGAUCAAGGAGCUGAGCAUUUUGGUUGACCAAUAUAGGAAGGGGUCAGAAGAUGGUCCAGAUUCAAAUGGUAUGAUACCUGCAGAAGAACUAAGUAAUGAAGGCAAAAUUUCUGAACAAUGUGACUAUGGUAAGGUGUCACUCAAUGUCAAUGAGAGGGAGACACUUCUUGCUGAAAUCGAGAGUCUGAAGGAGCAACUGAAAAGCCAGACUAAUGUGUCAACAAAUGGUAGCCUUCUCGAUCAGAUAAGGAAUGGCAAUACGGAUCAGGAGUAUGAACUAGACAAAGAAAGACAGAAAUGGAUGGAGUCUGAGAGCAAAUGGAUCUGCCUCACUGAAGAGCUGAGGGUCGAUCUAGAAUCAAAUCGGAUGCAUGCAGAGAAGACUGAGAUGGAGCUCUGCAAUGAGAAGAAGUGCACAGCAGAGCUGGAUGACGCUCUCCAACGAGCGAUGUACGGUCAUGCCAGGAUGAUUGAACAUUAUGUUGAGCUCCAGGAGUUGUACAACGAUCUUCUCGAGAAGCACCGUCGAGUUAUGGAAGCAAUCUCUGAGGUGAAGAGGGCAGCUGCCAAAGCAGGCAGGAAGGGCUGCGGGAUGGCCUUCGCUGCUGCUCUUGCUGCAGAACUUUCCACCGUGAGGAUUGAUCGAGAAAAGGAGAGGGCACAGCUGAAAGAACAGAACAGAAGGCUCCGUAUUCAGCUUCGCGACACUGCUGAAGCAGUUCAUGCUGCUGGAGAACUGCUCGUGAGAUUGAGAGAAGCUGAGGAAGCAUCUACACAAGAAAAGGGGAGGAGCGCAGCUUUGCUGCAAGAGAACGAGAAGCUCAAGAAGCAGCUGGAGAAGAUGAGGAAGAAGCACGAGAUGGAGAUGGAGACGAUGAAGGUGCACCUUGCGGAGAGCCGGCUGCCGGAGUCGGCGUUAGGUCCCUUCUACCGCCACGAGAACGAGGAGACGCCGGAGUAUUCAUGCGAUGCUCCGAAGAAUGACGACGAUGAGUCCUGGCGGGCUGCGUUUACAUCUGCAUACGAGUGAAUGAACCCUGAUUGCUUGGGAGUUGAGACUCGUCAACUGAGCCAGGCUGACAAUUAGGAAACGGGCAUUUCUUCGGCCUUUCUUUACGUGUAUGUUUAAUUACAUGGAACACAAGUAUAUGUCUGAUUUAUGUGCCUUCUGACUGGGCAAAAUUUCCGUGUAUAUUGUUUGUGUGAGAAUUGAAUUUGAAUUGUAUCAUUAUAGUUGCAGGUAGUCUAGGGUCACCGUGACCACUGAAUAAUAUCUCAUAUUGACAGUAUUUACACCUUUUGCUUGUGUUGUGGGGUAAAACAAAGUCAACUGCAGGCUGCAGCGGAUUGUUAUCUUAA